AUGCCGUCAGACAACAUGACCGACUCAGAGACGCCAAAAGGGCCGCCUCCGGGCUACGACGAAGCCGCCGCAGAACACACUGCUGGCAGCCGCCCUGCCCCUCCGCCUGGACUGCGCCGGGGCCCAGCGCCGCUCGACAUUCCCAUCAUCAAACACCUCAACGCGAAGCGAGUCAUCCUGGCUUCUGCCUCGCCCCGCAGAAAGGCGCUUCUGCAGCAGGUUGGGCUGAGAAAUCUAGAAAUUACCCCCUCCACCAUACCGGAAGAUCUGGACAAGUCAAUCUACGGUCCCUGGGAAUACGUCUCCGAAACUGGCCGUCGCAAGGCCCUCAAUGUCUACCAAAAAUCGCUAGAGACGCAUCUCAACUCUAUUCCCGACCCGGACCUCGUCAUUUCCGCCGACACUGUCAUCGUGACCCGCGAGGGCCGUAUUCUGGAGAAACCCCGAAACGAAGCCGACCAUAUUGCCAUGCUCAAGCUCCUGCGCGACACCCGAAUGCAUCGCGUCUUGACGUCUGUGACUACAAUUGCUCCCCGAGAAGAUGCGCGCCACCCGGGCUACGCCAUGUCGACACAAACGGUAGAGACCAAGGUCUACUUUCACAGCGACGAGGGCGGUCUGCCGGAUGAUGUCAUUACGGCGUAUGUUAAGACGCGCGAAGGCGUCGAUAAGGCCGGCGGAUAUGGUAUUCAGGGCAUCGGUGGACUGCUCCUGAUUGAAAAGAUUGAAGGUAGCAUGGACAACGUCAUUGGCUUGCCGGUGCAGAAGACGCUGCAGCUGGCGGAAAAGGUCAUCUUCCGCCAGGAAGAAGUAGAUUUUGAGGGUGAAGAAGAAGAAUCGGAUGGGUAA